UCCAUGCAAAACAUUAAAUGACAAAUGAGAACCAUGGAGGUCACCAAUGAUAAAUGUUAAUUUAUUAAUUUCCAUUUACAAAUGACAAAAAAUUCUCUAGUUAGAUACAGUCAAUGUUUGCAAUGAUGCCGUGUUGACAAUACAACACACAUCCACCCAAGUUACCAUUAAAAGGUUGAGUUCCCUUUAAGAAACCCCCACUCUCUUCGCAGCAGAGGGAGUGUGGCUAGAAUCCUGGAACAGCGAUUGAAAAAAAAAAAAAUCUACCAGUGGCCUGUUUCAAGUCCCCCCAGUAGAAACUGUGCCUGAUUUGUGGCCAAUGUUGGAGAUGUAAAAAAAGGAGGAAAAAACACUAACCGGGUAGCUAUGGAGAUAGAACGUUUUGCAGGCUGCUUUCUUUGACAUGUGUUGAGUGGGUAAAAGUCUUAAAACAGUGUCCAACAUGUACGCCAAAGGUAAAGGAGCAGUCGUCCCCUCCGAUAGCCAAGCGAGAGAGAAAUUAGCUUUAUACGUGUACGAGUAUCUACUGCAUGUUGGAGCCCAGAAAUCCGCACAGACGUUCCUAUCCGAGAUCCGAUGGGAGAAGAACAUCACGCUGGGGGAACCCCCAGGAUUCCUGCACUCGUGGUGGUGUGUAUUCUGGGACUUGUAUUGCGCUGCCCCAGACAGACGUGAGACCUGUGAGCAUUCCAGCGAGGCCAAGGCCUUCCACGACUAUAGUGCGGCAGCGGCUCCCAGUCCUGUGAUGGGCAACAUGCCCCCUAACGACGGCAUGCCUGGCGGACCCAUGCCCCCCGGCUUCUUCCAGGGCCCGCCCGGCUCGCAGCAGUCCCCCCACGCACAGCCACCCCCACACAACCCCAGCAACCCCAUGAUGGGACCUCACGGCCAGCCCUUCAUGUCUCCGCGGUACCCAGGUGGACCCCGGCCCGGCCUCCGUAUGCCAAAUCAGCCUCCAGGGGGAGUCCCCGGGUCCCAGCCGCUACUGCCAAACAGUCUGGACCCCACCAGACCACAAGGACACCCCAACAUGGGCGGCCCAAUGCGCAUGAACCCCCCCAGAGGGAUGGGUGGUAUGGGCCCACAGAACUACGGCGGGAUGAGACCUCCACCCAACUCUCUCGGAGGCCCAGGCAUGCCAGGCAUGAACAUGGGCCCUGGAGGCCGAGGUCCUUGGCCCAACCCGAACGCUAACUCGAUAGCGUAUUCUUCCUCCUCUCCUGGCAACUACGUGGGUCCUCCAGGAGGAGGGGGUCCACCAGGAACUCCCAUCAUGCCUAGCCCAGGAGACUCCACAAACUCAAGUGAAAACAUCUACACGAUGAUGAACCCCAUCGGUCCUGGUGGCAACAGACCUAAUUUCCCUAUGGGCCCUGGCCCUGAUGGCCCUAUGGGAGGGAUGGGAGCCAUGGAGCCCCACCAUAUGAACGGAUCGCUAGGCUCUGGAGACAUGGAUGGGUUGCCAAAGAACUCUCCCAACAACAUGGCAGGCAUGAACAACCCUCCGGGCACCCCGCGCGACGACGGGGAGAUGGGUGGCAACUUCCUCAACCCCUUCCAAAGUGAAAGUUAUUCACCCAACAUGACGAUGAGUGUGUGAUUUUUCUUCUUUUAUUAUUUCAUUUAUCUUUUUUUUUUUUUAUUUCUCUCUUUUUUUUUUUAUGGUUUUCUUUCUUUUUUUGUACCCAUUUGCCGAAACGGCUCUGCCUCCCUCCGAUCCUGCCCCCUCUGUGACCCACCCCUCCAACCUCGGCUCUACGAACGAAAAACUCAAAAUCUCAACCCCCCCCGCCCUCCUGCCCAACCUCUCUCUCUCUCUCCCUAAACACCCCCUUUCACUACCACCACACACCACCUCCCCCCUGCCCGCUCUGUGGAACUGUGGCUGUGGCUCAGUCCCCUGGUAUGCCCCUGGAGCACGGGCCUCUGGGGAUGCCCACGCUGCCCGCCACGUAUGCCAUGGCUGGAGGCGGAGGCGGCGGUGGUGGCAGCAGGAGCUCGGGUGUCGGGACAGGCGGCAUGAGGAAGCAACGACAGAGCCACAGGAAGAGUCUCCACACUGACCACUCACCCUGCCUCCCAGCAUUCCUCACGGGCCCAGGACUAUAAGGCCGGGGGAUGAGAGACAGACAGACAGACAGACAGACAGACAGACACAGAGAGAGAGAUAGAGAGAGAGAGAAGAGGGGAAGGGAAAUGGGAGAUGGAGGUGGGGGACCAGCCAGGAGUCUUUAGCACAGCAUGACCAACCAACGCCAGGCUACCCAGCUUUCAUUGUGUUUCGUUGUUUGUUUGAUUGAGUUGGCAUUUCUUCACUCUGUAACAAUUUUUUGUAGUUUAAAUUUUGAUGUUUGUUUUGUAUUUGUAUUUUUCUUGACCCUCUGGAUGCAGUAGUUUAACACAGAAGGGGGAGGAAGAUGUCUGAACUUAACCCCUUCCCCCCCCCCCCUUAUUUUAUUGUGUACAUUUUUUAAAGAGGUUGUGUUUCGCAGUGACUUUUUUUUUCUUUUUUUCAUUAUAUUGUGUAUGUAUUGUAUUAUUAAUAUUAUUUUAUUUUGUAUUAAUAUUGUUAUAAUGACUAUUAAUUCGAUUUUUUUUUUGUUUUGUUGUUGUUACCCUUGGAUGGGCACAUCGUUACCAAGCAACCAUGACAAUGACCAGACACAAGCACACACUCAUAUUGCACAACUGCAGUUGUCACAACGACAGACAUUUAGCAUUGUUUUUGUCUCUGUCAGAUAUUUUGUCAGAAUUGUCUGUACCAUCUUCCAUUCAUUCUAAGCAUACCCGUUUAUUGAGUGAGACUGUGAGUCCCUAAGCACCAUCCUCACCAGACGUGAGUUUCGUUUGGAGGGGGAGAGAAUCCCUUUAUUGACCGGCUGGCUGCUGUGUGUCUGCUCAUGUAGCAAAGCCCCAGAUGUUCCCCUUUAAACAGCAUAGACACCUCUAGAAACCACAUGACCAUGACCUUACCUCUCCCUCGUGUGCAGAACACUUCUGCCCUUAAGCCCCUGAUCUUAAAACACACACAUGUGCACACGCGCACACGCGCACACACACACACACACACACACACACACACACGUACACACACACGUACGUACACACACACACACGUACACUGCAACACCGACUUCUGAUUUAUACAAGGAAGAAUUUCCCCAAAUCCUAAAGCAAUGUGUUUUUUUUAAAUGGUACUAAUUAUCUUUUUUGUUACCCCAGUCAUAGACUCUAAAUUUAGAGGAAGGCAAAUGUGGUUCAGUUUUCCCCAACCAUUCAGAGCUUGAUGUACAAUUUCUGUUGUUGUACUCUUUUGAUCAUAAAGUUAUUGUCUUUGUGUGCGCAUGUGUUCUGCAGCCUGUUUACCCGUCAGGAAGUAGAGUACAUAUGUAAAUAUCUCACUUCUGAUAUACCUCUGAAAUAUUCGCACCAGUAUCAAGAUCUCGUAGGCCCAGUCUCUUCAGUAUGGUUUUUGGUCACCUGGGAUGACGUGGAGGAACUGACCAGUCCUAUGAUCGCAGGUCUGGUGAUCAUGUGGUUGGAUGACUGAUCAGACCUCUCUGCUGGACUUUGAGUAAUGACCUUAACCAUCAACAGGUUCUUGUUUUUUUUUUUUUAUUAAUAACUGUCUGGGUCAUUUUUUUUCGUUAGGUAGACAAGGUACUGUUUGCUCCAAUUUUUGAGUGCCUGAAAAUAAAUUAUUUAAAAAAGAAAAAAAAAAAUAUAGCUGACCACGUCCAUGUGAGGCUAACUUAUCCAAAACCUCUGAAAAGAACUUUUGUUUCGCAGAGAAAUCAACACUGUCAACAAAAAGGAAAGAAAAAAAAAUACCACAUCACUGCCUCUCCUGCUUGUAAAUACUAAGGGUAAUGCCAGCAUAUGUGUUGGGCUUGCCGAUUACCUGUCUCUCUUUGAAUCCUUGGGAUGGAGCCUGCCGUUAUCCAGAGUUAUGCGAGAUUUCCCCGGGACCGCUAGAGAUGGGGGUGGUUCUCUCUCUCUCUCUCUCUCUCUCUCUCUCUCUCUCUCUCUCUCUCUCUCUCUCUCUCUCUCUCUCUCUCUCUCUCUCUCUCUCUCUCUCUCUCUUUCUCUUUCUCUCUCCCACCCCCUCUCUCAGGCUGGCUGUGUCCCUCUACUUCUGUUUUUAUUACUGACACACUCUCUGUGUGGAUGGUACUGUGAUGAGAGACACAUGGCUAGUCAGUAGCAGACAGAGAGCGAGCAUGCGGAUGACUGACUCAAGCGGUGCGCUCAUGUACUCUGCAAAGCCGUCUCUGUGGAAGUGGAACAGGAACCUUGAGCCCUGAGCUCAAGCAGAGGAACCCUGAUGUCCACACCUGGAACCCCAGCCUUGGUCCCGAACACCGCCAUCGCCUCAUGAUCCCUCAGCAUCUUGCAUUACCCUCCCAGUCUGAUCAGCACCUUUCUCUAAAAAUGCAAAACGAUUGGUCAGUUUUGGAGUCUCAACCUUUGGCAUUGACACGACUGACCUGUACUCCUGUACUGUUUUGGCAUUCUGCAAAUACGUUUUGUUUUUUCCCCCCCUUUCUUGCUUUGGUGUUUGUUGCUGUGUAUUUAAGUAAAGUGUGUGUGUGUGUGUGUGUGUUUGUAAUUUUAAUGUGGAGGUGAUGAACAGCCUGUUGAUGGUGGCUAAGCCCUUGUUGCACCACAUGUGGAAGGCUCUCAUCGCAAGCUUCUCAUCUCCAGAGAGCUGGCGUACAAGUUCCAUCGAUUUCAUGCAGCCUUGCGUGUCCAGCAGACAAUGAGGUGGGCACUUGGUGCUGUUUGGCACCUCUCGUACACAGUUGUGUACACACACACACACACACACACACACACACACACACACACACACCCACGCGCGCACCACACACACACACACAGAGGAUUCUAUUCUGAACCUUAAACUUCAUCUCAACCCAAAUCCAAUUACACACACACACACACACACACACAUAGAAACACACUUUUUUUUGUCAUUUUGUUUUCUUUUUUUUUGUUUUUGUAAAUACUGUAAAAUGCAUUUUGAUAUCAUUGACAUGUUUUGAUAUUUCAGUCACUACCAGUGGAUUCAAAUCUUGCUAAAAGGUGUGCAAAGAAGUGACCAUAUUUCCAUUUAAAGAGACGGUGUACUCACAUCCCCCUUUCCCAGAACGGAUGAGUCGGUUUUCUUUGGGUUUUGGUAGAGUAUUAUGGGGGGGGGGGGGAAAGAGUCAAUAAGAGGUCUGUAGGCUCAGGGCAAGCAGGAAUCUGUAAUUCAGUGUACCCGAAUGUCUAAAGUUUAAAUCCAAUUAGGAUUAAACAGGGAAAACUGGCCAGUUUACACUAUGAAUCUGAACCAGUGUCAAACCAGUUUCAGAUUGGUAUGUGAAGCAGGUUAGAGGAGCAUUUCACUGAAAGUGUUCGGUGCACCCUGUGUAGCCGUGUCUGUGGUACUGGAGUCAUUCUUCUGCCUGGCCACUAUAGGAAGGCAGGAAACCGAAAGUGGUGGUGUUGAUGAUCAUGGGCAAACAGGACAUCGUCUCUUUAAACUAGUAAGGGACCACACAUUGCAGACAACACACUUUACUAUGAAGGAUUUUUAUCUAUUUAAAAUAAAAAAAUUGUCAAAAAAAGAAGAAAAAAUCUCAUUCUAAAAAAAAAAAAAAAAAUGUAAAAGUAGUUAUAAAAAAGAGGGACUGUUUCUCCUCCUCAAUGUUAUCUUGAGAUACUGUUGUAUAGAUUUCAGUCCCCCCCCCCCCCCCCCGUCCUACAUGUAAUACAGUCACUAUGUUGGCCAUCUCUGUAUUUCUCUUGUGAAGCUGUACAAUACUGUAACAUGAGGAAGAGCUCAAGGAGGUGGUGUUGGGGGAACAGUUUGGUGGAGGACGCAGGCACGAGAUGACUAUUCUCCGGCACUGUUCAUCGUUCUUUCCGACAAUAAGCAGUAUUGAGAGUAUGAAGCAGUCUCACAGCAGUUUGCUUUGUAUUUCAUGUUAGGGUAGUUUGGAUCCUUGUCUUAGGGACUUGAGUGUCUUGUGUAGUAAAUAAAAUUAAAAAAAUCAGUCCUUUGUAUGUUCCUUUAUAUUGUAAAGUUUCUUUAGACUGAAAAAAAUGCUUAUUAAGAAGAAGAAAAAGAGAUGGAAAAACUGCAUCAAUAAUAAAUGUAAUUGUUUUUUUUUUGUUUGUUUUUUUCAUGGAGUCGGUUAUUUUUGCUUGUGUCCCUUCAUUGUAGAUACAAAUUAUGGACUAAUAAAAAAAAAAAACAUAACUCCUUUUACCAAGA